AUGUUGGGAAGGCUGCUGCACUUGGGCUCUGGAGGCCCUGCCACGCCGACGGUUGAGCCAAGCAGCAAUAACGCGUCUCGCCCGAUCCUGUCCCUCGAAUCAGUCCAGGAGGAUAUCCAUACGCGCAACCUUCUCUUUCCCGAUGCCCAUGCUCUGUAUCAACACCGGAAUGACCAGGUUUUCCCGCUGUCCACCACGCCUACUACCUCGGGCAUAUCUACGGCAAACGCUUUUGACUAUAGCGAAGAUGUCGAGCUUGACGUCAAGGACGUUCGAGUUGUCGUCAUGCAAGAUGCGCUCGGUCCGGCUAAUGCGUCCCUCUUGUUCGACAGUCAUCCGUCUUCAGAGUCUGUCAAGAACUCAGACCGCUCUCCCGCUCGUCAGGAAGCCAGAAGAGUGCCUAAUUCAUCGCGCAAGGGCAGCUUAACCCAGCCAGAGAGACCUUUGGUGAUACAAUCAGAGAGCCCACAGCGUCGUCAAGGCGCCUUUGAUCGCCGGGCGUCUAUUCACAGUCGAAGCCAAAGCUACCACGAAACUGAAUCGCAGAGAGCCGCCCGCGAGUACAGAGAGGAGCUGGCGACUUUCUCUAGCUGUAUAUUCGGCAACUCCGAGCUCAUGGCAUACAAGGGGAUUUCUACAAAAGUCCACGUUGUGCCAGGUGAGACUCGCACUAAUGAUUCAGCUACAUCGUCUGUUUUUAGCGACGGAAAAAACUCCAUUGGCCGUUCUAGUGGCCGUUCCAGCAAGCUUUCGCAGUCCUACUCCUCCCAGACUGUAUCGCCCACAAUCGGAAACUCCCAUCCUUUUGGUGGAGGGCCUCCUCGGCAGAGCGAUAGACGCAAAGUUCUCAUUACGCGGCUGUUCCCAGUCAAUCUCGCCGCCGAUGACUCUGAUUCUAGUGUUACCAACGACACGGGCAGUUUCCCUUUUCCUGCCCACGGCGACGAAACUUCGCACAAGAAGAGAAACCCCCAGCCGAAGCAGAGGCGCACGCCGAUGUAUGCCUUAGUUUUAGUAGUACAGAUCCCGAAGCCCUCUUCCAGAAUAUCGUCUGCCGUUCCAACCAAGUCUGCAUUCCGUGAGUCUGGGUCGUACCAGGAUCAGGACCUGUUUCCUUCAUCUUACAAUUCUGCAAAGACUGGCUGGAAUUUGAUGUCGACAUCAGGGACGUAUGGAGAAGCUGCGGAUUCUCUUGACAUUGAGGAUAGGAUCGACUCUCUGACCCGUCACUGGGACAUUAUCAUGAGGACUUUGACACAUCUCCAAUCUCUCGUCGCCACAACGAUACACUCCAUGCUCAGACAAGCUGACUGCGCGUCUCCUGGCCCGUAUUCGGCGUCUGGCUCGAAUUUCAUAUCUCGAACCCCUUCAAUGACAGAGCGUCGCGGGCAUGACAUCCCCCGGGCUAAGCCACCUAAGAGCACCACUAAGCUCGUUUCGUUAUGGCCAAAUUGUCUUGCAGACAAUGUCUACAUCGCGUCUGAAGCUGGGUUGGCGCGAAGCAGAAUUGUAAUGGGACUCAGCGCUGCUCGCGUUGUUACUGGCCAAGGUCGAUGGGGUAUUUGGCGUGACGAGGCUAUUUGGACGUCGAAGUGGGCAGCGACUAUAGAAAGGACUGCAUUCUUUCACAAUCUUUUGACAGGGUUCCUUGCAACGCACACCGACUGGCUUCAUGCUUUGUGUGGCCCCUCGUAUCGCAGACGAGCCGCUUUGGCUCGCCGCAAUAGAAAUGAAGAGGACCUGUCUCUGCCAGCUCGGACUAUUAUCAUAUCUGACGAUAAAAUGGCCGCUCGCCGACUGGUCUUCCUCCUUUCCGCUUUCCUCCCUGCAAAUCAGCAGAUCCCUACAGCUAGAGCGCACAGGCCGAGUACGUCGGCCUCGGUCGGGGGUUACUCCAACUCGCCGCCAACCUUCAUUAUCCCCGUUCUUCGAGAAGAAUCUCUCCGCCGCAAAAUCAAUCGCCGAAGUGGACUGAGACGGACGUCACACUCCAGGACUGCAAGUCAGAGCGCUAGAAAAUCAAGCGCUGUCCCCCAGCCAUCGCAGAUUGGUCUUGAACGCAACCACCGAAGGCGAGCAUCUGAUGCCGCAUCAAUUCGUACGACAAAUUUGCCAAUUCCUGGAACUGACCCUGUGACGCGCAAGAGCAGCGCGGCAACGACGACUACAGUCAUGCCCGAGACGACCACACCUCACUUCACGAGCGUCCAGCAACGCGACAACCAAAGACGGCCACGACCUGGAAGCAGUGGAAGUGUGGCCGCGGAUGAUCUGAAGCGCUCUCUUAAGCGAGGCGAUUGCAGCGCCCAGGUCGGCGGGGUUUCCCGACCGCCCAGUUCUGGGUUGAAAUGGGGCAAUCUUAUAAAUGGAUUUUGGGGUCCUCGCCGAAGAGAUUCAAUGGAUAGCGGUACAUACAGUCAAGGUAGUGCUGACCUUCGAUCUCCUGUCAAAGCAGCUUUCGGCAGAAACGACAAGCUGUCUGAAAUGGUUCGAGAGUCUCCCGAGGAACGAUUUGGGGCUGCAACCGUGGACUCGGCACAGGAAGUUUAUGCUCCGAGAGGCAGCUAUGGUUUGCGCGGUAGGGAGUCAUUCACACAGGCAGACCGCACGCCGGAUCCCACUGGUGCUUUCGAAUCUCCUGUCAAAACCUCUAUCAAUGCGGAAGACGGUGUGAUUGACGUUGAUGUACCUUUUCCGGAGUACAUCACGUCUUUCGAGUCGGCGAUUAGCUCCCCUUCCAGUAGCGGAUACUUGUCUACUCCCGGGCUGCCAAGUUCACUGGAAGCCUUUGAACAAACCCGAUUUGCCAUUGAGGGCGACUUGCCACUAAAUGCAGCAGGUUGGCUUAAUCGCUUCCACCCGGACUUUGCGUUGCAAGCGCUGCCUCCUCAAGACAAUCUCCUUGAUGAAGUCAAGGCCUCUCUGCGGGCGGAACCGUCCCCGCCACCCACCGCCGCCCAAAUCAAUGACUUGUCUGAACGCUGGGUUAACGUUAGUAGUGUCAUGAUUGCAAAUACGACAAAUGACUCCAUCUUCCGCAUCAUUUAUCGUCGAUUGAUCAAACCAAAAGCACAACAGGACCGGCCAAGCGGAAAUGUUGAUUCUGGAGGGAAUACGAUGCUCACACCGUCGAUCCUGCCUGAUGAGACUCAACUAGAAGAGGAGUGGAUCGAGGAGCCAAUUUUUACCUGCGACGAAGCCCUGCAAGAUGCGGUCGAAAGGGUGAUUCACUCUAACAGCGACGCCAGCAAAGGGAGCUCGACAGCAUCAUCGUCACAAACACCCAGCGACUUCCAAGGAAGCAUGGAGAGUGACAGUACCAUGCCCGAUACUUUGUCAGAGGCCACUCAGCUGGCUCGCCCUCCUCCACUUGACGCCCCCCGGGUCCAGUGCAAGACAGUGAUUUUGUCCGCCCUCGAGGAUAUGUUUCGCGACGUAGUCGACAGUCGCGACACGGGCCAUACUGGCCGUGCAAGUCAUCGACCCAACCGCAAUCGCCAAAGCAUCCUGCACGACGCCGUGCGAGCCUGGGUGGCCAGCAUGGACGCUGUAGAACAACAUCCUGAUCCUCACCUAUCUCACAAAUGCCCUUGA